AUUAUUUGAUGGAAUAUUUCAUUCUAUUGUUGUAGAUUUCGAUGCAUACGAUAUAUUAGACAGACUUCCUUGUCUAUAGAUAUCGGAAUUCUGAUUUAUUCGUUACAUUUUUCAAAAGAUGUUUUGGACGUUACCUUUUCAACUGAUUUUGAAAACAUAGUUUGUAUUCAAUAGAAUAAUUACAGAUUUAAAUAUUUAUUUUCGUACUUUUGGUUGUGUUUUCUAGGUAUCCUUGGCAACUCGAGCGAUUUAUGCUGACAUCCUUGCGAUGAAAAGAAGAAUAUCUUCUCCGAACUGCUGUCAUAUAACCACAUUAGCAUUUUGUUGUUGAUGUAGCCUACUGUUGCUGUUGUUUAUCUUAAUGAGCUGUAGCGCGUAAAAGAAUGAAGGUGGUGGUUUCGUCCGGGCAACAACAAAUCCUAUCUGGAACCUGACGAUGAAGUUGCUAGAGAAUGAUGUAUUUCAGACGGUCGUAAAAUUUGAGAACGAAGAGGAUGGCGAGCCUGAUGAGAUUUGUCGGUUCAAUUAAAAAUAAAGAAGGUAUCCUUGACAACUCGAGCGAUUUAUGCUGAUAUCCUUGCGAUGAAAAGAAGAAUAUCUUCCCCGAACGGCUGUCAUAACCACAUUAGCAUUUUGCUGUUGUUUACCUUUCUGAGCUGUAAACAGAAUGAAGGUGGCGGUUUUACUCGUCUUGACCAGAGUUGUCUUAGGCGAUUCUUCAUAUCUCAGUGGAAAACAUCUCGUCGUCGGAUUGCAAGUUUCACCAGUUCAUCUCUACGCGGCAAGAAACAGUUCCGGCUACAUUCUCAAGAUCGAUGGUGUAGCAGUAAGGACUCUCAAUGCGCUAUCCAAACGAUUUAACUUUACGUACUCAAUCCUUCAAGUUAAUGAUACUCGAUUGGAGAAGCAAAAUGACGCUCUACCUGGACUUGCUUACUACAUGGAGAAAGGAAAAUGUGACUUGGUUCUAGGAGUCAUCGUGAUGACGCCAGGCCGUUUCGCCGUUGUAGACUUUGCAGGAGGAUACACGUACACAUCCGUCGCCAUCGUGAUUCCAAUGCCGAAAUUGUUAGAUAAUUCAUACGCCGUAGCCAAACCUUUCCAGGUUUGGAUCGGGUUAUUAUUAGUAACGCCCAUUACGGCUGUAGCGAUCUACUUUUUCUUACGCCCGUUUAAUUCUGCAUCGGUUUCCGAUACUGCCUCAAUCAACGAGACGCAGGGUGGAAUAAUUCGUCGUGAAACUACGACCCAAAUUGGCCUUGCUGAAGCUUUUUUCCAGAUUUUUGGAAUUCUUUUUAAUCAAGGUGGAUCUUUUCCAGCAAUGCGGCCUGCGUUAUUUUUCAUUGUGGGUUCUUGGUGUCUAAGCGCUUUGGUACUCGGCUGUGCCUACAACAGUCUCUUGAUAUCUUACAUCUUGGGAUCUAAUUAUCAGGCUCUAGUGGUCUCCCCCGAAGAUCUUGCCAAAAAUUCUAAAAUUCAGAUUGCCGUCAACAAAGGGAAUGGCGUGGAUAUCGUUCUUUCGUCGGCGCAAGACGGAAUGUAUAAAAAUCUGGGUGAUAGACUGCGUGCUAAUCCAAAAUCCCGCUGCGAAACUACUCAAGAAUGUAUUAACCUAGUGAAAUUUGAAUCCUACGCCUAUCUACAUACCAUGUUUGUGGCAAUCGAUAUUAUCGAAGAAGAUUACAAGACCACCGGUGAAUGUAAUCUGGCCUUGGCCAGAAAAACCGACCCCGUACCUGGAUCUCUUGCCUGGGCUCUGCCUAAAAGAAGUCCCUAUACUAAGCUCCUAAGCCAAGGGUUCAUGGAGUUGCACGAAGCCGGUCUGAUCGACGAAUGGAUUGAAAGUGAACAGAAGAAGCGCAAAAACGCCACUCUUUGUAUGAACGAGGCUCGUAAAAGGCAGGAAAUCAAGGCAUCACCCGACAAUCAAAUCCAAAUCACUCUGGCACAUUUUUCUGGCGCGUUUUAUGUCUUGGUCGGAGGUUAUUUCAUUUCCUUUGUUAGUUUCAUCCGCGAAAACGUUUAUUUUAGGGUCUCGAGGUAUUUUAAGAGACCGAAUAAAAAUGAAAUUGUUGAAGGACCUGUGGAUGAAGGAAACAAUGUGCCCUUGCCUUGAUGGAUAAUCGCUUAUUCACGAUAACGACAAAAAAGUCUUGAUUCUUGGUCCUUUGAAUGGUUGAUGUUGAACCUCCCAUAAAGUCAGGGACAAAUUGUUGAUAGCAGUAUCCGGUGCUAGUAUUUUUUCUUUGUUUUCUGUUGUUUAAAUAAUAGGUACGGAAUAUAUGAUAAUCCAUAUGAA